AUGUCUUCAUUCCUUGAGAAGCAACAAGCUGCCUUUGCAAAGGGUAUUCAAAAUACUUCAGCUAAGAUUACAAGCAAGCAGCGUCCCACUGCACCAGUUUCAGUACCAUCACCCGCUCCAUCAAACACCUCAAAUACAUCGAAGAGCGAGAACAAAGAUCCUAAACGUAAGAGAGAACCCACGAAUGUCGUUUACUCUCAACCCGCUGCCACCGGUUAUGGAACAGAAGCAUUCACACAAGUCACCUACGUUAUCGAAUUCUUGAAGAAGAAAGAUGAACCCAAAACUUUCCAGGAAAUUCUAGAAUAUUUGAGUCAGGUACACGUCGAGCAGAGUAAGAAACAACUCAUUGCGCAAAUCCUCAGAAGACAUGAUCGAGUUCAAUGGAUCGCAGAUCCUAAGUUGAAGGUACAAGCUUGGGAUUCUGGCACAUUCAAACAUCGACCCAUCAUUGGUGUUCGUAACAAGGGAGCUUUAUUAUCAUAUCUUCAAAACAAACCUGAUGCUCAAGGUGUUAGUGUUAAGGAUUUGAAGGAUGGUUGGCCAGAUUGUGAAGAUGCGAUUAAUGAGUUAGAAAAGGAGUACAAGAUUUUGGUUACGAGAACAAAGAAGGAUAAUCAUGCACGAAUGAUUUGGAUCAACGAUCCUACCUUGAUUCAUCCUGUCGAAUCCGAAUUCCAAGUCAUGUGGCACCGAACGGAACUUCCAAGCGUCGAUGAUCUUGUUCGAAAGCUCCUCGAAAAUGGACAAAAACCUGCCAGUGAAGAUCCAAGUAAGCGUGUCAAGGUAGCUCCAAAGGCAAAGGAAAAGAAGAGAAAGGCUCCAAGAAAGGGUGGUCGCACUACAAAUACUCACAUGGCACAUUUGUUGAACGAUUACUCACAUAUGAAGCGAUAG